AGUUUCGUAGUUAAAAAUUCUCUGAGCUGUCUGACCUUAACACAAGGGCCUAAACGACCUCCCAUCCGAAAUCCCAGGUCUCCGUUUCUCUGUCUGUCUUUGUCUCUGUGUCUCUCCGUUUUGUCCAUGGCCACUGAUUCCACUUAAACCCAAAAUCCAGGGCUUCUCUUAUCCUGGCAGAAUCCGACAAUCUGCAGGAUUCCCAAUCCUUUUCCUUCUUUUCCCUGCAUAUGACUGAAUGUGACGUCUCGGUCACUCGGUGGUCACAACUCUUGUAGCCACUUCUGGUGCGGCUCGGACGCCUGGGGUUCCUGCGUUUCGAGGUGGGUUCGGCCGUAUCUUCCCAUCAUGGAGAACCCAGGGUUUGAUGGGGCUAGGGCUUUUCGUUCUUUACCGCGGUUGAUCGUCUACGCUGUGUCCGGAGCUCUUACGGGCUUCUUUGCUGUCGCUGGAGCUUUCACAGGAGCAAUUGCUGGUGCUGUAGCAGGUAAGGCUUCUGAUAGUGGUAUCCUCCGAGGAGCUGGACUUGGUGCCAUCGCUGGGGCUGUGCUCUCUGUAGAGGUUCUGGAGGCUUCCCGUGCUUACUGGUCUUUAGAACGAUAUGGAUCACGGAGUUCAUCAUCAAUGGCAGAUUUCAUAGAGGAGCUUUUUCGUGGGAGGUUUGUAGAGGAACAACUUACACCAGCAAUGUUAACUGCUUACGGUUGGCAGGAUGGCAUUGUUAAUAUAGGCUACGAUGAGAUGCAUGGUGUUUAUGGUGGAGUUGCAUCCAGAGGGUUGUCAGAGGAUUCUCUGAAGAAAUUACCAUUUCAUGCGAUAUUGGAGGAAAUCAAGGGAGCACAAAAUAUCUGUUGUACAAUCUGUUUGCAGGAUACUGAAGUGGGAGAAAUUGUUAGGACCCUGCCCCGGUGUCACCACAUUUUUCACUUGAAAUGUGUGGAUAAAUGGCUCAUCAAACAUGGUUCAUGCCCUGUAUGCAGACAAGAAGUUUAAAUGUAUGUGGAAUCCUGCUUGGUGUACAGAAAAGCCCUAAAUGUGAUUAUUUAGUUGUUUUUUUUCCUUUUGUGGGCAAAAUGUAAUGUUUGUAAUAAGUUGUAAGAAAAAACAAUGUUGUGUUUGUACUAUAGUGUUAUUAGCAGACAAUAUAGCUUGGUGUCUGUACCCAUAUAAUUAGGUAGUUUGUGUUGUUCAAUUAGGCCAAGUGAAUCAGGUACUUUUUUGUAUCAUAAUCACAAUAUUUGUAGUAUUCAGUUCCGAAAAA